GAUUUUCUCCUAAACAAUUCUCUAACAGUGUGAAAACUGCAGUACCCGACGCAAUAUCGAUUGUACAUCCCCUUAGUACGAUGGUACUUCCACGCUUUACUAGUUGCACCUAACUCCCUUCUUAACGAAUAUUCUAUUAACUGGUUUUACCUCAAUCACUCCGCUUAACGUGCCUUCCCCGACAAAACCCUCUUUCUCUGGGUACAUAAAUAUAAGGUUUUUUUUCUAUUAUAUAUUUUACAUUCCCACUUUACUUUGAAAAUCUUGAAAAAGAAUAAAAAGAAAAAACUGUUAUUUUGAGCUCACUCUUCAGUGAAGCAGAGAUUUUGGGUGUAUGCUGAUUCAGUGCAUGAGUUGAAAAUUAGGUGUAGAAGGCAGAUAGAGAAAAAGAGUGUGUCUGUGUGUGUGUGUGUGUGUGAGAGAGAGAGAGAGAGAGAGAGAUGCUGGGGUUUUUGAUGAGCAAAAAUGUGAGGAAAAUACUGAAGAGGAAGGACAGUGAUGCUGGGGAAAAAGGAAGAGCAUUGGAGGAGGUACGGGCCUCUUUGUUUAGCAAGUUACGAUCAUUUGGAGGUGGAAAGCGUCAACAAGCUACCUUAUGGGGGCCUACUGUUGCUCUGACAUUCAACUUUUUUGUUUCUGUUAGUAUUAUAUUAAUGAACAAAGUGGUUCUUGUUACAGUUGGAUUUAAUUAUCCAAUUUUCCUCUCUUUCCUACAUUAUGUCUGUAGCUGGUUGAUAAUGGCUAUUCUUAAUGCUCUAUCCAUACUUUCCUUGUCGACCCCAUCAAAAUCAACAAAAUAUUCAUCAUUGUUGUCCCUUGGUAUAGUUAUGUCACUUUCUACUGGGCUUGCAAAUGUCAGCUUGAAGUAUAAUAGUGUAGGAUUUUACCAGAUGGCGAAAAUUGCAGUAACACCGGCUAUCGUUUUAGCUGAAUUUGUUCUCUUUCAGAAGAAAAUUUCUUUCCUGAAGGUGCUUGCACUUACUGUUGUAUCUGUAGGUGUUGCUGUUGCUACGGUGACAGAUUUGCAGUUUCACUUCUUUGGUGCUUGCAUUGCAGUAGCAUGGAUAGUGCCAAGUGCAGUUAAUAAAAUACUAUGGUCCAAUCUCCAGCAGCAGGAGAAUUGGACUGCCCUUGCGCUAAUGUGGAAGACCACACCAAUUACAUUGUUCUUUCUGGUGAUGUUGAUGCCAUCACUUGAUCCUCCCGGCGUCCUUUCAUUUAAUUGGAACUUUUACAACUCCACAAUCAUUGGUGCCUCGGCUGUUCUUGGCUUCUUGCUUCAGUGGUCAGGUGCUCUAGCACUUGGGGCAACAUCUGCAACGACCCAUGUUGUACUUGGACAGUUCAAAACAUGUGUCAUUCUGCUUGGGGGUUUUCUUCUCUUUGGUUCAAAUCCCGGUCCAACUAGCAUAUUGGGGGCAAUUACGGCUCUUGUUGGAAUGUCUUUCUACACUUACCUUAACUUGCAUUCACAGCAGCAGUCAUCCAAAACAUCCUCCAGACAAUCUCCGUUCUCUCUAUCCAAAUCAAAGCUUGGCAAAGAAAGUGCAGACGGUCGGGAUGGAAGUCGUGCUGAUGAAUCUGUGUAGUUAACUGUGCAUCAACAGAGUAAGUUUUGUAACUUGAGAACAAUAUCACUAACCACGGCACUGUUCAAUUGUAGCAUUAUUCGUCUGAAAAUUUUUCCUGGUAACAAAUGAUAGCUAACAGGAGCAUGCUAUGUAACACCCGUGUUAAACCUUAUGAAAAGUUGUAUAUUGAAAUAGCUUGUUCUGCAGAA